AUGUUGAAAAACGUUGGGCCCUUAACAUUGGGGAAAGUUAUCAAGAACCGCUUCUCCAAGGGUAUACACCAUGAGAAAAAGAAACAGUUGCGUGAGACAGGUGCACAGAUUGCAAAGGACUCUAAUAAUACAGGAAACACUGAUGAGUCGUCCGAAAAGAAAGCCGCUGCAGUUGUUACCGCGCAUGCUCCGUCCUCUACUGUGCCAGAAGAGGAAUGGAAGACUGCGUGCAGAGCCUCGAGGACGGCUAGUUGGGGAACAGUCUUCUAUCUGAUUACCCCGGAUAUAUCUCGGUUGGUCAUCGUGCCCACUAACAUAUACCUGUCAGAUAUUCGGGCUAAUCCCGAAGAGGAAAUAGAAUUUGUCUUCGCUAGUGUGGGUUAUGGUCCCUCUACAGCACUCUAUAUCGUAUUCGGUAUGGCCGCUAGCCUCAGCGGCUGCAUCCUCUGGAAGGUGUUCCUAGCCCUCGAUUCCUCUCGGUACCCCAUGAUUAGUUUUGGCGACACCUACUUCCGCGUAUAUGGGCCUAAGUGGCGUCACUUUAUUAAUGUUACCCAGUCGCUACAGCAAUUUAUGACCGUAGCUGUGCUAAUUCUUGGGAACGCCCAGAAUCUGGCCCAGUUAUCAAGUAAUAAAAUCUGUUUCGCGGUUUGCAUGAUCAUCUGUAUGGUGGUCGGAAUGGCUGUCAUCUCGUCCACACGGAUUAACAGAAUUGAAGCCGUAAAGAGAUUUGCCGGCCCGCGUCCAGACCAGUACCAGCAACAGGCUACUGGUUUUACGGGACAGUUCAACGGCGUUGACCAGCUUGUUUUGCUCUACUUCAACGUAGGCAUGAAAACAGUCUACCAAGAAGUGUUUCAAGAACUCCUCCAUUUUCCUAUAAUCACAACCAAGAAGGGCCGCAUCCUCUGGCUUAUUCUAGGCUGUGUCUAUUGGAUUGUUGCCUUUAUCGUUGCUACCGCCGUGCCCAACCUGAAUGGCAUCUCCUCUCUGGUCGGUGCUUUUCUUAUUCUUAAUUUUACCCACACGUUCCCAGUGUUCCUCUAUAUCCGGUUCCGAUGCCAGAUGGGCGCUGCUCUACCAGGCGAGGGGUUUGACCCUAGUCACCCUACUACGGGAAUUACAACACGCCACGACAAUUGCUGGAAACGCUGGAUAAGAGGUUUCAAAAAGAACUGGCAUAUUAAUACUCUCAGCAUUCUAUACUUCUUAGCUGGGCUUGCAUGCUCGGGAAUGGGAUCAUGGGCCGCAAUUGAGGACUUGAUUGAGAUAUUUGGGCCUGGGGGUACUGUUGCGACCAGUCUGGCCACCUUGGUGAGCGGGGUGAAUGCUAGAGGUGACCAUCGCGCGAUGGUCGCCUGA